AAAAUAGAACCAUGUCAUUGCAAGGCACUCUGACUAUCGCCUGCACAGGAUCCGAGUGGGUGUGUCAACGUCAAACAACGCCUACGUUUUGCAACUGUCAUCAUCUAUACGGUGAUACUGGACAAUGGGAUGCUGAAAGACAUUCGAUCCUCUGUAUUCUGCUGUCAAUCAAGGUUUUAGGGGAAUCCCCGGUUUCGUCCGCCACGACGCCAUUGUAACAUUCCAGAAUACGAGACAAAGCAUGGACAACCCAACUGACACCAGAAGGAGGAACCUCAAAUCAAUGAACACGGUCAGUUUUGUAUGGAUUUGAAAUAGGCCGGAUUGAGUCAUGGAAGAAAAGGAUCAAGCCAGACGGCUCUACAUAAAGUCCUUAAAAACUGAAACAGUGCUGGGGUCUCAAGCCAUGGGGCAGGUGUCAAAGUCUGUUAAAAAGCUCGUUCGAGAUUCCCUAUCGCGGAUCGAAAGGCAGUAUCGGUUCCAAUACCAGGAGUUUUGGGCUGUCAUAGAAAAAACUACAGAGAGAGGGAAGUUGAUUCCCGACAAAGCAGCAGAGGCCUUCCAAAAUCUUGAAAAAUAUUUUAUUCUGUUAUACAAGAUGCCAUGGAAACGUGAAUUUAGGAAACUGAAGACCUACUGUGGGUACUUCCAGUCGAAAAUAAGGUCCCAUCUUGAAGACCCUGAAUCAAUUUUAUGCCUCGUUGGAUUUCAACCAGACACUGCAAACACACUCGUGUUGAAAGGUGAACCCGACCUUCAGCUUAUCAUAACUGUAGCAUUUGAGUGCGUGGUAGCAACAGUGGAAUGUGAAAUGCUUUCAGAGUUUCACAGGAAAAUGAAGGAGGGAGGAGCUAAUGUUUCAGAUGUCGUGAGGUGGCGAGACACAGGAGUACUUCCUGCAGUCAAGAACAUUGAAGACGAAGAAAGGAAGGAUUUGAGAAGCAGCUAUGGUGAAAGCAGAACGGACUCUGCAUAUGUAUCAGGGGCUCCCGGUAGUGUCAGGAACAAGACUGUUGUGGGGGCAACGGGAGGAGUUCCCAGGAAUCUGCCAUUCAUUGAUGAGGAUGAUCAUUUUGUGGACGAUACUGGAUAUGUGGAAGGAACAAUAGAUGAGCAUUUAAUGGCGUAUGCAGAGGUUGAGUCAGAUCCCCUCAACGUCAACCCCCCUCAGAGUGGCUCUGAAGACUGGGCGUUUGUUCGCGAAGGCCUGGAGACCAAAUAUGGAACAAAAUAUUACGAUGGAGCAAGAGGAGAUGUGAUCCGGAAUUCCAGGGAAAAUGUUAGGUUUCAAGCUCGAGAUGAACAGUCGGACGAAGGUAUUGACAUUGAAGAAGAACCACCCGCGGUCAAUAUUGUGCAUCCUCCAGUACGGAUUUCUUCUCCCAGGUCCCAAACAGUUGUCUCUCAGGACAGGACUUUGGCGAGAGAAUCUUCGGGUUAUCGGACUGGGUCUUCGGGUUAUCGGACUGGGUCUUCACAUGUCAUCUACCCACCAAGUAACCAUCUGUCAGGACCCGGCCUGUCACCAGUAGCUACAUCUGUGGGCCCUGCAUCGUACGGUUCCCAAGCAUCCUACAACAGUGCAGCUCGAUCACAGCCUAUCGUAGCGAGAGGGGUCACCCCUAACACUGGCCAUCUAAAUAUUGAUACAAUGGCGCGAAAACCCAACAUAAUCCAGAGGGAUGGUGGUUACAGACCUCAGACCUAUACCUCCAGUGGGGAUGUGGGGGCUUCAAUGGCUCGUCGAAUGAAUGACCUUGGGGUUCCUGAUACAGGAAAGUGGCCCUGUCACUUUUGUUCGGGGAUGAACCAUAACCAGAGAGCCAUUUGCCAAGUCUGCGGAAAAAGCAGAGGUCCAGAAAUUGACGGCCCCAAAUGUGGCGACAGCAUCACUGAAUGCAAGAAGUGCACUUUCGAAAACUCACCAGGAACAGAAAUUUGCGAAAUGUGUGGUACGGCUUUAGAAAAGAAUAAUGUGCAUACUUACGUAUAGCCUAUAUUUCUAAUUCUAAAGAUAAUAGAAUAUCGAACAUUUUAAAGUAAAGUUUAAAUUUAAAAAAUGAUUCGUUCAUCAUAAUCACCCGAACAUGGACUUUCAUUGAUAGCUAGAGGCAUUUGCUAUAUGUAAGCGAUGUGCGAGUUAUUUUAAAGUGUUAUUAUAGACAAUGUGUAUUCAGAAGCAACAUCGCACUGUGUUUCUGGCUAAAGACUGCUUUUCCGAAUUUAUAUGUGCACGUUUGCUGUGUAAUCAUCGAAAUUUCGAGACCUAUGUCCUAACACCGGAGAUGCUGCAUUUUUAAAACAAACUCCCGUUUUAAGAACACAUGACUGGAGCAAUUUAUCCUCACACAAGUCCGAUACCUCUGCCGAGUCUCUCCAGAAACCUCGUGCAUUGCCAACUGGGACUGAACAGAACUCAAAAGGGGACACAAAUUUACCUCUUGUGCAGUUACCUCUUGGAUUGUGAUCAGAGCUAUCUUAAAAGCCCUCUUUGGGUGAAGAGGUGCCCGUUCAUGGAAGAAUUGUGACUAGUGGGGCGUGUAAUCUUGUGUUAACUAAUAUUGCACCUAACAUGCUACCAUCUUGAUGAUUUCCUCGACCAAGUGAAUGUGGCAACGAUACUGAUGGUAAAGUACUCCUUUGAAAUUAGUUAUGUACGUUUCUGAUAAGCUUAACUUUAUUAAUGUACUCACCAUUGACAACCUGUCAAAUUCUAAGAUAUGUCUUUCAAACAAUGGUUUUAAUAUUGCCCACGACUUCCUUUUGCACUGACGCUCAGGAACAAUCUGUACUAUAAAUUAUCCAGUGAUACAAGACGUCUUCGAUGUCACUGUAAUAGCGUUUCAUCUUCUCUGUCGGUAGCUAGUGGUAAAAACGCAAACACCUAACACUGGCUGGAAGGCGAGUAGACCGUUUGAGGUGAUGCAUAUUUGGCACCAUCGACUGGAUGCGUCUCGAUAGAACAGUCAUGAAAUCAUUCAAGAACAUCAAUCAACAUUUCUGUGCUGAACGACGGUAGGAUGGUAGACUUGUCCUCGGCUCCCCCAAAUCCGGGUUCGCUUUCAAUACACAAUGUACCAAGGCCGUCGUGAUAUGGCUGGAUAAAACCUGAAGUCAUGUAAAGAAGCUCAUUCAUUCAUAAUUCAUCACGUCACACGCAAAAUCUUCAUUUGCUUGCUGCGAUGAUUUGAAUAUGUCCCAACACACGAAUCGCAGGUUUGCUCAUUGUACGGAGGUUCUCAUACAGAAUGAAUACUAUAUUUUAAAAGAAGCUACGACUAUUAUCUGAAUUAGUAUCAGAAAUGUCUAUAUAUUCGUUUGUGCCAUGCGGAAUGACAAACCGUUUCAAUCAGAGAAAGGCGUCCGGGCCAAAGUCAUAGAUGAACAUAAUGCCAGGUUUGCGUCUCUCUGAUUCUGUAUUUCCAUGUGUAUGGUAUGGCAAUAGACAUGUCUGAUAUCAGUUCUCUAACUCUGCAGGAAUAAAUUUGUUAAUUGUAGGAAUUUUACGUAAAUAUUUUACGAUGAAUGUCUUUCUUUCAGAGUUGGGGGGUUGUGGUAGCCUAGUGGUUUUCUCGUCAUGCCAGGACAAUGGUUUGAUACCCCACAUGGGUACAAUGUGUGAACCCAGUUCUGGUGUCCACCGCCGUGCUGUUGCUGAAAUAUUGCCAAAAGUGACGUAAAACCAUACUCACUCAUUCAGAGUUUGAAUAUCUGGUAGAUGAGCAACCCAUCUUCAACAGCAGAAGAGCCUUUAAGCUAGUAUAACUUACAGUGUCACUGUAUUCAUAUCGUGCAGCAUUAAUGGUCCGCUUGACAUGUCAAUAUUUCUGUAUGCCGUUAUCUAGUAUUGCAAGUAUUUUGUUUAAGAAGGUCCUCAUUCGGGCCUGUAGUUGAUGAACGGUAAUCCGUGGGAUUUAAUUUAAGCCCAGAUUAGUUUGACAAAAGUUAUAAACACCCUUGUACCUUCACUGUGAUGCCGCAAAACAUCAUAAACUAGUGAAAAUCCAACUCGCUCGGGUUUGAAGAAACUUUGCAACUUAAUAAAAUGAGCAAAACGA